UUGGGAUUGGACGUGUGCCUUCGGUAUGCUAACAUGAGUGACGCUAGAUACGGCUAGCCUCUCACACCUUUUAUAAUACUUGUUAGUUGACGGACGGUCUAGUGCAGAGGGCGGCGCAUCCAUUAUCAAGGUCGUUGCAGCCUUCAUUUCGGGUCUGGUUGGGAGGGGGAGUUUCGUUUGGCAAUUACGUUGCGAGGACAUCUGCUUGAGGAAACUUCGUACUCUGGCCGCUAGAAGUACCAAGAUGUCCCCUAGGAAGACGAGGUCAUCAACAAGCCAGAAGGCCAGAAGUGGAAGUGAGACAAACACGAAAGCACCACAGCCCAAUGGCAUCCGGUGCAAAAAUGCUGUCAAACCACAUGCUGAACAGUCCAGACCCUUCAACAAAGAGGCAUCAGCGUCCAAAAGACAGCAGCGCAGGAAGAAUGGAGUUAGAGUGAGGAACGGUUCUUGUGCCGCACCAGCCGUAAAGUUGGAAAAUGGCCUGGGAUGUGGUGACAGUGCACCACCAAUGGUUGAUGCCAUAACGAAGCCUGAUCCCAAUGUGGCCAAGGGACUGAAGCGUCUGGAAUCUCCUGUGGAAGACAUUGAAACACGGUCCCCAAAGAAGCAGGGUACAGCUGGAACCAAAGCGGCAAAGGUGAAGUCUCCCAAGAAAAGCCCUGUAAAGAACCUGAAGUUUGUAGGGGCUCAUGUUUCUGCGAGUGGGGGCCUGGAGCAUGCCGUGCAGAGAGCCGUAGACAUUGGGGCCCGCUCGUUUGCGCUGUUCCUCCGCUCUCAACGCCAGUGGGCUUCCAAGCCCCUGACCCAGGAGACGGCCCAGCGCUUCCGGAAGGCGUGCCGGGAGCACAGCUUUGCACCACACCACAUUCUGCCCCACGGUUCCUACCUCCUCAACUGUGGCUCUCCAGAUCCGGAGGUCCUCGAGAAGAGCCGGACAACCCUAAUCGACGAGCUCAAGCGCUGCGAGAUGCUUGGCCUGGUCUACUACAACUUCCAUCCAGGGUCAACCUGCGGCACAAUCACCAGGGAGGAGUGCAUGGAUAAGAUUGCUGAAAGCAUCAACCAGGCACACAAGGAGACUACAUACGUCAUAUCAGUGAUAGAGAACAUGUGCAAGCAGGGCCACACCAUCGGCGGCGACUUCCACGAACUCCGCGGGAUCAUCGACAGGGUCAAGAACAAGUCGCGCAUUGGGGUCUGCCUGGAUACGUGCCACGCAUUCGCUGCAGGUUACGACUUGUCCACAGAGGAAGGCUUCGAGGGUAUGAUGCAAGAUUUCGAGUCCAUCGUCGGACUCUCCUACCUCAAGGCCGUGCAUCUAAACGACUCCCGCGGCAAGCUGGGAAGCCAGCUGGACCGGCACGAAAACAUUGGCCGUGGCAACAUUGGACUCGCCGGCUUCCGUCGGAUCAUGGCGGACCCCAGACUGGACCACAUUCCGAUGGUCCUGGAGACGCCGGGGACGGACCACGCUGCCGAGAUCUCCCUCCUCAAUGAGAUGUGUUCCGCCUGAGCGCCGCAGACGCUUACGAGAAGAUUGCUCAGGGGCAGUGGUGCUGUGGAGUUGGAUACAAGAAAGAGUGUGUUCGUUGAAGAUUUUGCACGUUAAGGCUCGUUUGCACGCUCGCGACUGCUUAUGACCAAGUGCGUUACCACCGCUUGCGAUCUCUCACGACAAGAGAAUGCACCGGCGUCGUCCACCGGGUAGCCGUGGAACAAUUGCGAUUUCCGUACGUUUCCCAUUUUUUCAGCACGUCGUUCUUUCACUCUGGGCACGAAAAUCUUCUGACGAUGUUACGGACAACUGUUUCUCGUAGAGUGUGUCUACAUUUGGUAUCACGGAUACUGCGAAAUCUUCGCUCUAGCAAAAUGCAGUUCCAGGGCCACCUUGUAGACGGCGCCGGCGAAGUUCUCUCAUCAUAACGUAUCCCGAGAGGUUUGUAAUGCACUCGGUCGUAAGCAGUUGCGGGUUUGUGAACCAUCCUUUACGUGUACGCACGGAUAGCGCGAGUGCAGUCGACAACAAGUGGACAAGAUGACCGGGACCUUUACGUCGUCUGCCGUCUCUGUUUCUUUCAUUGUGGGUGAAGGGACGAGCCAAGAAACUAACGGCCUUGGAAGUAUGGGGUAUUAUCGACACUGGGGUAAUUGCCCUAAAAUCGGCACGAUCAAUGGUGGACGACGACACGGACGAUAGGGUUAACCAAUGGUUGUGCUCAUGGCACCGUCUCUCUGUAGGGGCAGAGAGCAGACGACGCACUUGGUCGAAAGCAGAGGACGGCGGCGUCUGCUUGCUGCGCUUGUCGGGGAGACGGUGUCGCGAACAUAAUCCUCGGUGAAAGGGGCCAUGAAAUGGUUUUCCAACUUCUUCCUCAUCAGCGUCAGAAUGAGAAAUUCCGUGGUCGUGACACGGCAUUGCACCGUAAGCGGAAGUUCACCCAGCCAUCUGGGGUUGGCGGGACUAGCCAUCAGUGCUCCUUGCAUCUUGUGCAAUCAUCCACGGAUGUCGAACUGCGGUGGUGGCCCUCCCAGCCGACCGGGCAGUCCAAGCAAUUUGGCUUUCGGCAGCUAAGUGUAGUGUCGGGUGGUCGACUUCGACAGUGUCGGUUGCUGAACACGGUAACUCGGAGCUUCCACUGUGGUGUUUAUCCUUUGCGAGCGAUAGCAAGUGCUGUCGCGGCACUCGUCGGCCACAGACACUAAUUUAAAUAUUAGUCGACGGGUCGAUCGUCCAGGGACGCAGUGCUCGUGUCCGAUGCGCGAGCUGGGAUCGGCUGACGUACUUUGGGUACUGCAGUUGCAUCGCAGUGAAAGGGCGGAGAGCUUUUGAAGGAAAGGAAGUAUGAAAUGCUCAGCCAUAUUUUUAGAUUUUUGUACUGAAAAGCAGGCUUUUGGCUUUCUACUUUCUUUCUUCUGGCCCACUAAACGACAUGCAACUAGUAAAAUCCCAAUCCGAAAUCAUUUAUCCCAGCCCAAAAUUUGUUUCAUGGCCCCUUCAACUCGGUUGUCUGCGGUGGCGUCUGCACUGAAAAUGUCGAGUGUUUGUCUAAUUUUUUGCGGGAAGGGCGCUGCACCUCCAAAUUUCAUGAGGUAAAAACCUCCACCAAAAUACAGCUUUUGAUAAAAAUUCGACAUUGCAACUUGCGUGCACCAAUCUUUCAUACUGAUUUGAGAGCGAGCCUUGGUAUUUGGAACACUCUGAAUAUGUGGAACCUGUUUUUGUGUUUGUCGAAAUGCAGGCCUAAAAAAAGUUAUGCCACUUGAAACGACCUGAUGUGCCGCUUGCUCGGGCAUUGGCUUGGCAAGCUAAGAUAAUGCGAGGAAGGAGUGCAAAAAAGGAUUUUAAUGGUAACAUUGGGCUGUAAUGGUGGUUUCAUCUUCAGAUUAAUUUUAAAAGUUUUUUAAGAAUGUGUAAAAGAAAAGUGCAGGUUUUUUGGUUUCUUUUAGGGGACAUGCAGACAAGUGGUUAGUUUUGAAGUACAUUUUUUUAGCAGGGCAUGCAGACAAGUUAUUCUACCAUAUUGAAUUUGCAAAUGGGGUACAGCCUGUUAGUGCUGCACUUGGAAAAUAUUCAGGGUCCUGUUUUAAUGUAUCUUUAACUGCUGCAGGAUGUGACUUUUCACAUGUGGUUGACGACUUGCCACUCAGUGGUGUACGAUGCGAGUAAUAGAUGGCAUUACCAUUGUUGCAUGUUUUGGCAGGCUGGGAAAAGAAAUGGUGGCGCCAUCUCUAGGUCACAUGGCAAGUCACUAUGUUUCUCUGCAUUGCUUUGAUUGAAAGCAAAUCUUUCUCUUUUUGUUCCUAACACAUGAUUGUAGUCAAACUAGCUCACAAAUUUAAUAUACUGAAAAAAAAUAUAUAAAUUUGGAUACAUUUGUUUUAAUGUUCGUUUCCCCUCAUCUCAUUUAUAGGGGAAAUUUUAACACUUGCACUAUGUUUUCAAGUGUAAUAUUGCCCUUGAGUACUGCUGAAUUGGCUUCAGCAGUACUCAAGGGCAAUUUUGUUCUUGAAAUAACAACUUUAGUAAGCUUUCCAACAGUGAUGGUACCUGAAGACAAGCAUAUAUUGCAUUGCUUGGCUUUUUUUGUUGUUGCUGCUGAAAUAGUAGAUUUUAAAUGAAAGCCUACCUCAAACACUUUCUUGUACUGUGACUUACAAGGGACAGUGUUGUAACAUACAUUUGGUUUGUUACUUGAAACCGAGGAUGGAGGGACGUUGGGCAACAGUGAUGAGAAAGAAAGAGAGGUUGAAACAUUUUAAACAUUUUUCUUCAACAUGGACAACAUAGUUACAACCUGAGUGAUGUCAGCACUUUUCACAUUUCACUCGUACAGGAUAACGUUGAGCACCAAAUUGGACCGAUUCUACUGGGUCUUUGCAUAAGCGCAUUCUGCUGCUUCAGUAGUUUUGAACCCAUCUUUCACUUGCUCAAAGUUCCUGUGUCAUGCUUCAUGUUUUAACAUGUGCGCCUUCAUAAACUUCCUCGUCUUAACAGUGAGGCGUACAAAGUCGUGAAAUAUUGAGCUGCACCCAUGUAUAUGUAAGCAGCCAUGUGCCUGCCCUCCGUGUUACACAAACAGAGGGUGGCGCAUGUUUUUCAUGAAUUGGCUGCUGUGCAUACAGUAUUAAAACAGGAAAAACACUGUUUUCAUCACUUACUCGGAAUAUUGAAAACUUUUUUCUGUUAAUAUUGAUUCGAAUAUUCCGUGUAUUCGAUUAGACCUUCGAUUCUCAAUAUAGUUUUCGAAUAAUUUGAAAGAUUUUCAUUGUUUGUUAGUAUGGCAGACUAUUUCCAGGACUUGCUUUGACAAUUCUAGAAAAUGAAACCAGUGUCCAUCUAGUUUCGACUACAUAAUACCAGAAAGCUUCCCCUGCAGUAAAGCAACACCCAUGGCAGUAAUGUUGUGGGUAAUGCUUUCCUGCAGUGCUUCAUUCACUAAGGGUGCCCACCGGCCACAAAUGUUCCUCGUGUGGUGUUAUGUUAGACAGGUAAUCAAUACAUAAACUAAGGUUAUUAUUAAAAUUAUCUGUGCUACGUGAAAAUGAGUAUGGUUGCAGCUUUCUUUGUUUGCAUUUCCAACUUCUUUUUCCUAUUCUAUCUCCUGUUUCUAUCCAUGUUCAUGAUGGCUGCAUGUUGUCUCUAAACAGGUUCCAAUUUUUCAAACCUUUGUAGGGCCUUUUUGAAGGAGAUUAAUUCACUUCUUGCCUAUCGCUAUCCAGCGGCUACGUCGCUCAAUUUCUACACUGACACUGACGUAGUCGAGCAUAUCUAAAUUAUUAGGAAGCAACAUUGCUAUGUCUGAGCUACAAACUUGAAGGAUACAUGACAGUAAUAGCAACAUUGGCUAGCAAGGCAAAAGUGGGGUGCUAGAAAUAACCACGCUUGCGCAUUUUUUGGCGGUAAUCUUGGUAUGACCGUGCCAUUUUGUUGUUACAGAUAUGCGAGUGUAAGAAACAUGUUUUUUUCAUUCUGAAACGGAAAAUUCCAUCAAUUUCGGUGUUCUUUAGUAACAAAGCCUACACAACCUCUACACUGUUUGCUGACGUCUGCGGGUUACACUUGUAUGCCAAGGCUAUUGAAUUGACUGACAUAAAAUGUGUAUUGAAAGGCCAGAAAUUGCCUUUUAAUAGAUGAUUUACUGGUCUAUCAAUCUCAAGGCUGUUUGAGACCAUUUUCAACUUGUCAAUCUUGCCAUUAGUGUCACACGCCUCUUGCCUCUCUGGAGCAGUGAUUGGGUGGAUUCGUAAAGAGUGGCGAAGUUGUCCCCGAUAGAUUUUCCCGUGCAAGUCUCGAGAGCCUUGUUGUUCAGCCGUAUCCCGUACACCUAUGAUCUCAAUCGAAAUAUUUAUAUUUAUUCGAGAGUGUGAGAGGUUUUCAUAAUAGCAAUAUAAGGAAAACACGUGUAAAUUUUUUGAGAUUGAAACAGUUUUGUUUAACGACUCUAGGCAACUCUAGGGUGGUUCCUGGGUAACCCGUAUUUUGUUGAGUCACUGCUGAAAGUCGCUGAUUGGUGAUUCACGGUUGCCUCUUUUCCGCUUUUGUGUCAUUGAAAUUAAGGCCCGUUCACACACUUGCGACUUGUUAAGACCGAGUGGCUUGGAAUCUCUUAAGAUCUAUUACUACGAGAGGACACACUGGCACCCUUAAUGGGUGGCAGUGGAAACUUGGCGGUCCCAUAUAUUUUCUAUUUCAUCAUCCUUUCUUUCUAGAUUCGAAAAACUUUUGUCAACAUUAUAAACGACCAUUUCUCAUAAGCAUUAAGCACAUUUGACUUCCGAAAUUCUGCAAAACCUUCGCUCCAGUGAAAUGCCGUCCAAGGUCACAGUAUAGAUGGCGCCAGCGUGCUCUUUCACUCCAAGAGAUUAUAAGGCACCCGGUUCUAAAGGCCCACUCACACACUUCCAACCGAGUACAACCGAGAGAGACAGGACCUCUUGAAACCUCUUAAAAUUUCUUAGGACGCACUGGUGCCAUCUAUGCGGUGACCCUGGAACUGCAUUUCACAAGAGCGAAGGUUUUGUGGGAUUUCCGAGGUCAAAUGUGCGCGAUACCUAUGAGAAAGCCUUGUUUAUAGCAUUGACAAAAGCUUUUCGAGCCAAGAAAGGAAGCAUAAUGCGUGAGAGUAAUAUAAAAUAUGCCAGACCGCCAACUUUACACUGCUUUUCAAUAGAUAGCGCCAGUGUGUCCUCUCGUAAGAGAUAUUAAGAGGUUCCAAGGCUUUCCAUUCAAAGAGGUCGCAAGUGUGUGAACAGGCCUUUAAGGUCAUACUUGUUAUGUUGAGGAGUGAUCUCAUUGGCAAAUCAGUGGUGCACACAGGAAAACAUUGUGCAGGCUUAGCAUACUUGCACUUUUUUUUUUCCGGUGCUUCAUUAAUAAUUUUUGAGGUUGGAAGCCAUUGUAAUUAAGAAGGAUUUUUCUCACGACGAAACACUUGUUUGAUUCUGUGGCAAGGGAAGAACUUUGACAAUCUCCUACAGAGGGUUCUUCCAAUAAAUAGUGUUGCUGAAGGCAUCCGUUGUUCAAAUACUAUUGUGAACGAUUUUAUUUUAACUUUAAUAAAGCUGUUCUGAAAUAGG